UGAAUAAUGAUAUAUUAUUACUGUUAUUGAUUAUUAUUUUUAUUAUUAUUACUGUUAUUAUGGGUUUGAUGGUUUUGCCUUCUGGAAUACACUCCUUCAUUAUUAGUGUAAUUGUGGGUAGUAUAUUGGGUGUUGGAGACACUGCUUUGACACUCCUCACCCUGGUGUAAUAUGAAGUCUAUAUAUUUAUGUUGCAUAUGUGCCUGGGAUGGGAAGCGGAGGGCUGUUUGGAAGUUUGCAGUCCCCAUCCCAGGGGAGCACCAUGAUAACUCUCUCCUAUUGGCCAGUGAAUGAUCAGCUGCUUAUAUUUGCCUGUGUCGCUUUUGGCUCCUGGCCAUCCAGAAACAAACCAGUUCGAUGACUACUAAUAGUUAUAGCUGGAUGUACUAAUACACAACAAAUCACAGGACUAGAGAGUGCAGAGCCAAUGAGUUCUUACUUUGUGAAUAGCACUUUUGCUGGGAGCCUGCCCAAUGGCCAGGACUCAUUUGUGGGUCAGAUUCCUCUCUAUUCCUCUGGCUAUGAUGCUCUAAGGCAUUUUCCAGGUUCUUAUGGGACAAGUCCUCUUCAGGAGAAGUCUUAUUCCUCGCCCUGUUUUUACCAGCAAUCUAACACAGUCAUUGCCUGCAACCGAAACUCUUAUGACUAUGGGACAUCGUGCUUUUAUCCCGACAAGGACAGCACCAGCAGCCCCAGCACCUACCCAGCCAACAAGAGGGUCCAUGCUGGGGAAUACCUCCAAUAUACCGCUGACCAGCAGUACAAGAGCACCAAUAUCCAGAGCAAAUUAUUCAAUGAAGACUCAACUGACCGGAAGUAUAGCAGCCCUGUGUACCCCUGGAUGCAGAGAGCCAACUCCUGUACUACUGGUACAGUGUAUGGGACCCACAGCAGGAGGGGGAGACAGACAUACACCAGGUACCAGACCCUAGAACUGGAGAAAGAAUUCCAUUUCAACAGAUACCUGACCAGGAGGAGAAGGAUUGAAAUAGCAAACGCCUUGUGCCUAACAGAACGACAAAUUAAAAUAUGGUUCCAGAACAGAAGGAUGAAAUGGAAGAAAGAAAGUAAGAUCAUGAAUUCCUCACAGCCCAGCAGUGACCCAGCAGAGGACAAGCAAGUCACUGACAGCAACACUUAGUCAGAAGGCCUC